AUGAAACUUCAUGGCAUGCGAGAUCCUGUUUCUUCUACGCACUCUAAUGUAAACCCUGAGGAGCUACGGACGACUCUUCUUUCAAGAGCAACAUCUCUUUCAGAAACUGCAUUGAAAGUUCUUCUUUGCAAACGAGAUAAGCUUACUCUUGAGCAUCGGUCCAUAGAAGACGAGAUUGCCAAAUGCGAUCAACGCAUCAAGAACAUCAAAGGUGAUGUGGAGCUGCAACUAGAAACAAUACUCGAGAGCUGUAAAGAGGCAUGCCCGAGGCGUAUCCUUCAAGAAUCUCAUGAGAAGUCAGCAUGUCAGAGCAACAAGAGGCUGAAGCUCUCUGAACCUCUUCCUUGUACCAAAAGCAUGUGUGAGAAACUUGAUGAUGUUUGCGUCAAGAAUAACUGGGUACUACCAAGCUACCAUGUGUCUCUAUCAGAUGGUGGGUUUGAAGCUGAAGUAAGGAUAAAGGAGUCUCAGUUUGCCCACUCCAUCUCUGGAGAGGAAAAGUCUGAUGCUGAGGAAGCUAGGGAAUCCGCAGCGGCUUGCUUGCUAACUAAGUUACACCAGAACACAACAACAGCCAACGAUGUCUUAACAAAGGACCAUUUGAGAUCUUCUUCUUCCGUAAAAGUAGCGAAGCUGAGUACACCCGGUGAGGAGGGUCCAUUAAAAUCGGAGAAGCAGACUAGUCUUCCACUUCCAACAGCAGAUCUCGCCGAGGACAUAUACGCAGCCUUGGAGAGGCUUCGUUCUGAUAUUGUCAAAGCAUCCCCUCACGGUGUCAUGUCAUAUCAUAUAUUUGCCAAUCCAACGCUUCAGAGGAUCAGCAAAAAGAUUUCGAGAAACAAAGAGGAACUCCUCAAGAUAGAUGGCCUUGGGGUGGCUAAAGUAAACAAGUAUGGUGAUCGGUUGUUGGAAACAAUAGAAUCAACGAUCAAUGAAUACAACGUAACCAAUAAGAAAGGCUUCAUGGAGUAA